GAGCGCUGUAAACACUGAUCCUGAACGGGAAUUGGGAUUGCAGGAACUGCCUCAGAAUGUUUGUUAAUCCCAGGAGAGUCAGAAAAUGCCAGUUUUUGCAGAUCUUUGCCACUUGCUUUGUACUGUGUCUCAUGAUUUUUUGGGGGCCAUUUGAUAACAGCAUUGUGAGCCAUAUGAAGUCCUAUUCGUACAGAUACCUCAUAAAUAGCUACAACUUUGUGAACAACAGCCUGUCUAUCAGAAGGGAUAACUUGGACAGGAUAGCAAGCUACCAGUACUUGAUCAACCACAAACAGAAGUGUUGGCAGCAGGACGUCCUUCUCCUGCUGUUUGUGAAGACGUCCCCCGAAAACCGUCAUCGGAGGGACGCAAUUCGACAAACGUGGGGUAAUGAGAAGUAUGUUCGUUCCCAACUUAAUGCCAGCAUUAAAACACUCUUUGCUUUGGGACGACCAAUGGGAGCACAGUUGCAAAGAAAACUUCAGGUGGAAGACCAGCAAUACAAUGACUUGAUUCAGCAAGACUUCUUAGACACUUUUCACAAUCUUACUCUUAAAUUACUCUUGCAGUUUAGCUGGGUGAAUGCCUACUGUCCUCACGCCAAGUUCAUCAUGUCUGCAGAUGAUGACAUAUUUAUCCAUAUGCCAAAUCUUGUUGCCUAUCUCCAAAGUCUAGCGCAGAUGGGUGUCCAAGAUCUCUGGAUUGGCCGUGUCCAUCGUGGAUCCCCUCCCGUAAGAGACAAGAGUAGCAAAUACUAUGUGCCAUAUGAAAUGUAUCAGUGGCCCUCUUAUCCAGACUACACAGCUGGAGCUGCCUAUGUAAUAUCAAGUGAUGUAGCAGCUAAGGUAUAUGAGGCUUCACAGACUCUUAAUACAAGUCUCUACAUAGAUGAUGUUUUCAUGGGUCUCUGUGCCAAUAAAAUGGGAAUUGUACCACAAUACCAUGUAUUUUUUUCAGGGGAAGGAAAGGCUCCAUAUCAUCCCUGCAUUUAUAACAAAAUGAUGACAUCUCAUGGACAUGUAGAUGACCUUCACCAGCUCUGGAAGCAGGCCACAGAUCCCAAUGUUAAGAGGAUUUCCUCUGGGUUUUUUGGUAGAAUAUAUUGCAAAAUAGUUAAUAUUGUGCUUCUCUGUAAGUUAUACUACGAGGACACAUAUCCUUGUUCAGCUGCAUUCUCUUAAUACUUGAAUAUCUGCAUUGAAGAUCCACUGAGCCAAAAUGGAGCAACAACUCUUUAGCUGUUUAUUCAAAGUCCGUGUAAAUGUGGAAAGAGGUAAAACUAAA